AGUUUCACACACCAAUUUCUUUAUAAAAAAUCUUGAGUUUGGCUUUCCGUUAAUUCGCUAUCAACUUCAAACGUCGAUGGUUUUAAUCUCUGAAACUUCCGACGACGGCUCUAAUGGCGACGAUCAUCGAAACAAGAAAGCUAAAGAAGAAGAUAAUCGAAACAAGAAACUGAAAGAUAAGGUUGUUAAGGUGUCGUCACUACCGAUUCCAAACGAACUCAUCUUACGUUGCUUCCUACUCGUUCGGAGAUGUCACCACCCGUCGCUUUCCCUCGUCUGUAGUUCCUUCCAUCGUCUCAUGUCGAAGCUCUACGACGAUCGCUUGCGUCUCGGCUACACAGAAAAUGUUCUUUACGCCUACGUUGGAUUCCCUCCUGUUGAAAACCCUAGUUGGUACAUUCUCCAUCGUAAACCCUAUCGUAACUUGCCUAACACGAUAUCUUUAAAAUUGUGCAAACUCGAUUCCCUCCCUCCCAUGCCUUGGGGAUCUACUGUCGUCACUAUCGGAUCGAAUAUCUAUGCCAUCGGUGGACGCGUCGGCAAGAAAUCCUUAAGCGAUGGAGGCGACGGAGAGACAUCCAUAAGCGGUGGACACGCAGGGGAGCGACGCAUGUCGGAUGUAUGCUUCUUUAGUUCUGUUGAUGAUGAAUUCAGAUGUUUGUCUCUAGCUUCAAGGCUUAGUUAGAUUUUCAUGAAACUUGCAGGUGAAGAAUAUUUAUUACAUUCUACUGUUUGAGCAGCUUGUUAUUGGUCUGAUAACAAAGAUGAAGCAGAGUGCCUAAAGAAGGCUCAAGAGUUACCUUUUUGCUCAAUGUGAAUUGUACCGUACAACUCUUAAGCUGUAAAAAAGGUUUAGGCCAUUGUUUUUGCCUUUAUGCAAUGUUUUUACUAAAUUUGUUGAAAUGCA